ACAAGGGAACUCCAGUUUUCCAUUUUUUUCUAUUCCCACUGAGCAUUUAGAUACACCAUUUUAUCAUUUUUAUUUAUCUAGCAAUUGCACCCUGCUUCUUCCUGUGAAAAGAAUACAAGUAGACAAACAACUGUUCUAUAUUAAUUUGAUUCAAUUAUGCAUACAUAAUUUUUGCAGAACUUAAUUUCUUUGAAUCUCAAAUUUGGGGGUUAGUCCAGUCAUUUAUACGUGGGUUGUUGACUUCUUUCAAGUGUCCGCUAAAAGUAUUGGUUCUUCCUCGGAAAAAAGCAUAUACUGAGAUGAAAGCAGUUUUGCACAGUUUCUGGGGGCACCUGGACCCCCCAAAUCCCCCAGGUCCCCAGUUCAGUCCAUAAAACAAACAAACAAAAAAUGAGGUAACAGAAGCCCAGAAGGCUAAAGUGAUUCAAGCUGCAAGCUACACUCUCAGGAUUCAAACUCCCAUGUCCAAUCCUCUGGCCAUUCUGGGAGGGAGAAGCCUAGGGCCUCUCUACCCGUGUUCAAAGUCUGAUCCUGCUGCCUGUUGGCUGGCGAUGUGCGUGUGUUCACAUCACCCCUCAGUGCAUCGGUUUCUGGGUCUGAAGACUUCCCCACUGGCCUGUCCCCUUGUUAGCAUUAUAGUCAUGUUUGCUGUAGUUAUUUGCAAGGGGGGAAAGUGGCACUCAGGGACAGGCAGUUGUCUUUGGUCUCCAAGCUGCUACAUGAUGUGGCUCCAAAGCUGCUGUCCUGGCGCCACCGUCUUGCAUUCCCAGUUCCUCCCUGAUCUGACCUGCACAAGGAUAGCAUGCAGGAAGUCCAGGAGCUGCUCUCAGAAAGCAGCCUUCAAGUUCAACACGGCGAGCCAACUCUCUCCUGCAGAGGAAGGACCAGCGAGAGGACCAGGAGGGAGGGAGAGGUCAGCUUUGUUGGAAGGUGAUGGAGAGACCUGGAUGCAGUGAGACCAGCCUGGGUGAGGGGAGGAGCUGCUGCCCAGGGGAGGCCUGGCCUCUGGGCACCACCCAAGGGGUCACAGAAACAGCUGGUAGCAGCAGCACAGGCCAAGGAGAGUAGCAGGGGCUGGCUGGGCUGGCUGGGCUGGCCGUGCUACAGAGGGGCUUCCUGGGAGUGUUCAGUCAACGAGUACCUUGGAGCAGCCCUGGGCUGAGAAUUCUGAAGCCCCUCCCUUCCUGGGCUGUGGGCCAGAUGGCUGGAACACUUUCAGUUUUAUUUCUCUGUCUGCAAGAACUGAAACCCAAGAGAGAGACUCCAGAGACCAGAACAUGGAAGAAGUCUUCCGGGCGUGCAGGAACUGCAAAAGAAGCGUGGCCUCUGGCCACUUGGCCCUCCAUGAGGCCCACUGCCAGCUGUUCCUGGUCCUCUGCCAGGAGUGCAAGGGGCCAGUCCUGCAGACAGAGAUGGAAGAGCACCGCCAGGGUGGGCACAAGCAGGUGGGGUGCGCGAUGUGUCAGCAGAGCCUGCCGAGGCACUUGCUGGAGAUUCACGAGACCAAGGAAUGCCCAGAGCGCCAGGUCAAGUGCCAGUUCUGUGAGGUGGCCGUGCGCCUCAACAAGCUGGAGAUCCAUGAGCACCACUGCGGCAGGCAAACAGAGCUCUGCGCAGACUGCGGCCAGCACAUCAUGCUCCGCGUGCUGGCCCAGCACCGGGAUGUGUGUUGGGCUGAGCAGACCCUGCUCUGGAGAGGUGAGAAACUUGCAUAUAGAAUGGACGGAGCUCGCUAGAGCAGAAACCAGACAGGACACUCAAGUUCCCUGAGCUUUUUCCACCAUGAGCAGCAGACUGAAGGGAACUAGCUGUAACUCCUGACCCUUGGGCCUAAGUGUUAUCCACCCAGUUCUCUGGACGCUCUUCACGUGGUGUGUUUACACAGAACACGAGCCAGCUGUGUGACAGAUCUGUUCACAGCUUGUUUUAGUCACACGGUAACACGUGGAAAGAACCUAAAAUCCCUUGGACGGUAAGUCUCUCCUGGUAAACAAUGUCGUCAAAACUGGCAAAUGAAGAAAUGGAAUGCUUGAGAUUCGUGAUCAUUUCCAGUACGAUGGGGCUUCAACACAGCCAACAAACACAACUGCAUCAACACCGCACAGCUUCAACGAGGCUACGGCAGAUAAUGUGCAACAACUGUUUGGCUGAGCACAGAACUCAGAGACGGUGAAAUGCAAGCGCAAUCAGAUUGGACAGGACUGGCGUUGCAGUAACGGAUCCCUCCGCCUCCCGAAACACGGUCCCGCUCCAGGAAAACGUCUCUUCGUCAGGGCUGUGUGCUGCCCCGAGUGCACUUUUGCAGCGUGAAGGAAACGAUGUGGGUGAUUCCACCAAGGGCUGCGCAUGUGGCCAAGGAUGCUGGCAGAGCAGGACACUCACGGCAGGCCCAGGACAGUUUAUCCUCAGGACUGCAGGUCAUGUGGGCAGUUGUGAGACAGUUGGGCUAGCCAUUG